AUGCUGGGCCCGCCGCUCGUGACCGUUACCCACCUUUUCUGCGUGUGGACCGGCGCCCUGGCCGCGGCCCCCGGGCCCCGGUUUCUGGUGACAGCCCCUGGGAUCAUCAGACCAGGAGGAAAUGUGACCAUUGGGGUGGAGCUUCUGGAACACAGCCCUUCACAGGUCGCUGUGAAGGCGGAGGUGUUGAAGAUGGCAUCAAACGUCACUAUCCCGGUCCUGGAAGCAGAAGGGGUCUUUGAAAAAGGCUCUUUCAAGACACUUGUUCUUCCAUCACUACCUCUGAACAGUGCAAAUGAGAUUUACGAGCUACGUGUAACGGGUCGUGCCGAGGAUGAGAUUUUAUUCUCUAAUAGCACACUCCUGUCAUUUGAGACCAAGAGAAUGUCUGUCUUCAUUCAAACAGACAAGCCCCUAUACAAGCCAAAGCAAGAAGUGAAGUUUCGUAUUAUUACACUAUUCUCAGAUUUCAAGCCUUACAAAACUUCUUUAAGCAUUGUAAUUAAGGACCCCAAAUCAAAUAUGAUCCAACAGUGGCUGUCAGAACAGAAUAAUCUUGGAGUUGUUUCCAAAACUUUUCAGUUAUCUUCACAUCCAAUACUUGGUGACUGGUCCAUUCAAGUUCAAGUGAAUAACAGGACUUCUUACUAUCAAUCAUUCUCAGUGAGUGACUUUGUAUUACCAAAAUUUGAAGUUACUUUGCAGACACCAUUAUACUGUUCUUUGAAUUCUAAGAGUUUAAAUGGUACCAUCUUGGCUAAGUACACAUAUGGGAAGCCAGUAAAAGGAGAUGUAACACUUACAUUCUUACCUUUAUCCUUUUGGGGGGUGAAGAAAAACAUUACAAAAAAUUUUAAGAUAAAUGGAUCUGCAGACUUCUCUUUUAAUGAAGAAGAGAUGAAAAAGGUAAUGGAUUUUUCAGAUGGGUUUUAUGAACACAUGGAUGUUUCUUCUCCUGGGCCAGUAGAAAUUUUAGCCACAGUGACAGAAUCACUUACAGGUAUCUCUAGAAAUGCAAGCUCCAAUGUGUUUUUCAAGCAACAUGAUUAUAUCAUUGAAUUUUUUGAUUAUGCUACUGUCUUGAAGCCAUCUCUCAACUUCACAGCCACUGUGAAGGUAACCCGUUCUGAUGGCAGUCAGCUGACUCUUGAAGAAAGAAGAAAUAAUGUAGUCAUAACAGUGACACAAAGAAACUAUACUGACUACAGGAACAGAUGGAAUAGUAGAAACCAGGAAAUGGGAGCUGUCCAUAUCAUGAAUUUCACUGUCCCCCAAAAUGGAAUCUUUAAGAUUGAGUUUCCAGUCCUGGAUGAUUCCAUUGAGCUACAACUGAAGGCCUAUUUUAUUGAUAGUGUAAGUAGCAUGGAAGUUCGUGGUAUGUUUAAGUCUCCUAGUAAGACAUACAUCCAAGUAAAAACAAGAAAUGAAAAUAUAAAGGUGGGAUCACCUUUUGAGUUGGUGGUUAUCGGCAACAAGCAGUUGAAGGAGCUAAGCUAUAUGGUAGUAUCCAGAGGACAGUUGGUGGCUGUAGGUAAAAAAAAUUCAGCAACCUUCUCUUUAACGCCAGAAAAUUCUUGGGCUCCAAGAGCGUGUAUCAUUGUGUAUUAUAUUGAAGAUGAUGGGGAAAUUAUAAAUGAUGUUCUAAAAAUUCCUGUGCAGCUUGUUUUUAAAAAUAAGAUAAAGCUAUUUUGGAGUAAAGCUAAUGCUGAACCGUCUGAGAAAGUCUCUCUUAGGAUCUCUGUGACACAGUCUGAUUCAAUAGUUGGAAUUGUAGCUGUUGACAAAAGUGUGAAUCUGAUGAAUGCCUCAAACAGUAUUACAAUGGAAAAUGUGGUCCAUGAAUUGGAACUUUAUAACACAGGAUAUUAUUUAGGCAUGUUCAUGAAUUCUUUUGCAGUCUUUCAGGAAUGUGGCCUUUGGGUACUGACAGAUGCAAACCUUGUGAAGGAUUACAUUGAUGGUGUUUAUGACAGUCCAGAGGUUGCUGAGAGGUUUGUGGAGGAAAGUGAAGCAUACAUGGUAGAUUUUCAUGACUUUUCUUCGAUUAGCAAUCCACGUGUCAGAAAGCAUUUUCCAGAGACUUGGAUUUGGCUAGACUCCAACAUGGGUUCCAAGGUUUACCAAGAAUUUGAAGUUACUGUGCCUGAUACUAUCACUUCUUGGGCAGCUACUGCUUUUGUGAUCUCCGAGGACCUAGGUCUUGGACUGACAACUGCUCCCGUGGAGCUACGAGCCUUCCAACCAUUUUUCAUUUUUUUGAAUCUUCCCUACUCCGUUAUCAGAGGUGAAGAAUUUGCUUUAGAAGUAACAAUAUUCAAUUAUUUGAAAGAUGCCACUGAGGUUAAGGUAAUCAUUGAGAAAAGUGACAAAUUUGAUAUUCUAGUGACUUCGAAUGAAAUAAAUGCCACAGGACACCAGCAGACCAUACUGGUUCCCAGUGAGGAUGGGGCAACUGUUCUUUUCCCAGUCAAGCCAGCACAUCUGGGAGAAAUUCCUAUCACAGUCACAGCUGUUUCACCGACUGCUUCUGAUGCUAUCACCCAGAAGAUUUUAGUAAAGGCCGAAGGGAUAGAAAAAUCAUAUUCACAGUCCAUCUUAUUAGACUUGACCGAUGACAAGCAACGAAACGCGCUGAAAACUUUGAGUUUCUCGUUUCCUCCUGAGACAGUGAGUGGUAGUGAAAGAGUGCAGAUCACUGCAAUUGGAGAUAUUCUUGGUCCUUCCAUCAAUGGCUUAGCUUCAUUGAUUAGGAUGCCUUAUGGCUGUGGGGAACAGAACAUGAUAAAUUUUGCUCCAAAUAUUUACACUUUGGAUUAUUUGACUAAAAAGAAACAACUGACAGACAGUUUAAGAGAAAAAGCCCUUUCAUAUAUGAGGCAAGGUUACCAGAGAGAACUUCUCUAUCAAAGGGAGGAUGGCUCUUUCAGUGCUUUUGGGAAUGACGACCCUUCUGGGAGCACUUGGUUGUCAGCUUUUGUUUUAAGAUGUUUCCUUGAAGCUGAUCCUUACAUAGAUAUUGAUCAGAAUGUAUUACAAAGAACAUACACUUGGCUCAAAGGACAUCAGAAAUCCAGUGGUGAAUUUUGGGAGCCAGGAAGAGUGAUCCAUAGUGAGCUUCAAGGUGGCAAUAAAAGUCCAGUAACACUUACAGCCUAUAUUGUGACUUCUCUCCUGGGAUAUAAAAAAUAUCAGCCUAAUAUUGAUGUCCAAGAGUCUAUCACCUUUUUGGAGUCUGAAUUCAACAGAGGAAUUUCAGACAAUUACACUCUAGCUCUUGUAACUUACGCGCUGUCAUCGGUGAGGAGUCCUACAGCACAGGAAGCUUUGAAUAUGCUGACUCAGAGAGCAGAACAAGAAGGAGGCAUGCAAUUCUGGGUGUCAUCAGUGUCCAAACUUUCUGAAUCUUGGCAGCCAAGCUCUCUGGAUAUUGAAGUUGCAGCCUAUGCACUACUCUCAUACUUUUUGCAAUUUCGGGUUCCCGAGGGAAUAGCAAUUAUGAGGUGGCUAAGCAGGCAAAGAAAUAGCUUCGGAGGUUUUGCUUCUACGCAGGAUACCAUCGUGGCCUUGAAAGCCCUGUCUGAAUUUGCAGCCCUAAUGAACACAGAAUCAACAGAUGUCCAAGUGACAGUGAUGGGGUCUAGUUCACCAAGUCCUAUAAAAUUUCUGAUUGACACGCAGAACCGCUUUCUCCUUCAAUCAGCAGAGCUUUCUGUGGUACAGCCAACUGCAGUUAAUGUUUCUGCAAAUGGUUUUGGAUUUGCUAUUUGUCAGCUCAAUGUUAUUUAUAAUGUGAAAAAUUUAGAAUCUUCUAGAAGACGAAGAUCCCUCCAAAAUCAAGAAGCCUUUGAUUUAGAUGUUGCUGUAAAUGAUAAUGAAGAUGAUAUUAACCACUUGAAUUUGAGUGUGUGCACAAGGUUUUUGCGGCCAGCUAGGAGUGGCAUGGCCCUUAUGGAAGUUAACCUACUCAGUGGUUUUACUGUGCCUUCAGAUGCAAUUCCUCUGGUCGACAUAAUAAAGAAAGUGGAGCACCAUCAUGGAAAAGUCAACUUAUACUUAGAUUCUGUAAAUGAAACUCAGUUUUGUGUUGAUAUUCCUACUGUGAGAAACUUCAAGGUUUCAAAUACCCAAGAUGCUUCAGUGUCCAUAGUGGAUUACUAUGAACCAAGGAGACAAGCGGUGAGAAGUUACAACUCCAAAGCGAAGCUAUCCUCUUGUGACCUUUGUGGAGACGUCCCUGGCUGCCACCUUUGCAAGAAAGGAGCUGCAGGCUCCCUUCAUCACUCUUCGGUCAUUUUCGUUGUCUGUUUCAUGCUUCUGUACUCUUCGCAACGAUGGCUGUGAUUUAUUUCUUAAGGACUCCAUGUCACACUAACAUUUCCAGAAAUCACAUGUGAUUGUUUUCUCUUCAUAAUGAAUAUUGUUCCUAACUGUUUUGAAAAACAUUUUUUUUCUUUAUAUGGGGGUGGGGGAUGGUGUGUAAUAGGUCCUAGUAUAUGUAGCUGCAUAGAUUCUUCAUCUGACUUUUGUCUGAAAUAAGAAUCAGAAUUAUUGCAGUUGCAUAUCUUUAUUUCCCCUCCUGAAAUGUUUUAGGAUUUUUUUUUUGAGAUGUUUGUUUCUUCCAGAAUAAAAGCUCUGUUUUAGA